AUGCAACCGUUCAACAACAUGUCCGAAUCAAUGCCAGGUGAUCCGAUGGACAUCACGUCUCCAUCCUCAAGCUCAAUGGGCCCACCAGCCAACAGCAGUCCCGACUUUGAGCAGGGGGGCAACGUGAAUGGCAAUGUGGACACCAACGCAGAAAUACAUGCAGGAGCAGGAGGAGCAGCCAUGGCAGCAGCCCAGGGACCCAAGGUCGUCCAAACUGCCUUCAUACACAAGCUAUAUAACAUGCUCGAGGACCACAGCAUACAACACUUGAUCUCGUGGUCCAACACGAACGAAAGCUUCGUCAUGUCACCGUCCAACGAAUUCUCCAAGGUCCUUGCCCAGUACUUCAAACACACCAACAUCUCAUCAUUUGUGCGGCAACUCAACAUGUAUGGAUUUCACAAAGUUGGCGAUGUCUUCCAUAGUGGUUCGCCGGAUCCAACCAUGUGGGAGUUCAAACAUGGAAAUGGCAAUUUCAAGAAGGGCGAUCUGAUCGGCUUGCGAGAGAUCAAGCGACGCGCGUCGAGGCAUGCCCUCAUACACCGAGACUCUUUUUCAGGGCACAAGGCAGUGCCGCCUCCGCCAGUGACCCCGGCGGAUCUCUUGCCGGAUACCUUGGAGCAACGCGUGGCACAUAUGGAACAUGCCAUUUAUCGCAUGAACCAGCGCAUGACAAGGAACGAUGACAGCGUUGCCAUGUUGAAUUUGAAGUGUCAGGCCUUGACUGAGGGUCUGGUGCGCUGUCAUCAGGUAGAAAAUCUCUCUCGCGCUUGCUUGCUUGAUUAUCAUAUUAACAGCAAGCAGUGGAGCCACGGGCUUUCUUCCCAUGUUCAAUCAUUAGCACCGACCGAGAGUCCAUUAUAUGUCGAAGUCUCCAAAAUGCAAAAAGAGAUUGCGCGACAACUUGAGAUGGUGCGCUCUCUCGAUAGCUCUCAUGAUGCGCUGCUGGCUGGUCGACAACCCUACUUUGGCGGCAUGCCCUUGGAUCCACAUCAACCUCUCUCACCACGACAUAUUCCCUUCGACGAAAGCCGCCGUUCGUCAGCUCAAAUGCUCGAACCACCACCCAUCUCCAUCGGGCAAGGAUACGUUGGCCGGCGCCGCUCAAAUCUUCCCACUUCUCCUCGUUCUUAUGGCGUCCCAACCACUUUCAACCAUAACACGUCUCCCCAAUCCAACUUCCACCGACCUGCUCUCCCGCCUCCACCAUACCGGCCUUCGGACGCUUCAACCAUCAUCCGGGCCGAAGCACCCAAUCUCCCUCGCCGUCAUACAUCAGCGGACAUACGAGAACACGGCUGGCCACCGAGCAUACCUCCCUUGCCAGAGCUCGCCCAGAAUCUCAACGUUAUUUCCACACACUCCUCUUACGUUAGAGCAGGUUCUACCUCUACCUACUUAUCCUCUCCCAAUCGAACGCCUACGAACAGCACCCACCCAAGCACAAAUCACCCACCAAAUGCGACCGACUACCAACACAUUCGCGACCAUCUCGCCGCCUACGAAAUGAAUCCCUCCUCAAGCCGUCGACAAACCAUCGCAUUCCAAACGCGACAAGCUUCCCCACCACCACCGCCACCUCCCCCUGCCGCUCCAUCCCUUUCUUCCAACCCUCCCAUGGAAUUUCAACCGUCAACCGAGCACGUAGGCAUCAGCUGGCCUUUCAACAGCAACAACAGCAACAAUAGCAACAGCACCGGAGCCCCCAGCGGCGGCAGUAGCUUCUCGGUUACUUUUGGUGCCGGUGGUGGUGGGGUGGCUCCGUACCCAAAUUCCCUCGCCUAG